GCGGCGCGGCUGAGUCACCUCGGCGGCGAGCGGCGGCGGCGGCGAUGAGGCAGCAGUCGCGGCGGGUGGUGGUUUUGUCGUCCUUCGGCGCCUGAAAGAGCCUCCCCGCACCCGGCUGCUCCGUCAUUCUUCUCUCUCGCCCGCCGCGUCCUAGCCCCACUGCCAUCAUGAUGGAGGAGAUAGACCGGUUCCAGGUGCCCGCCGUGCGCGCCGAGAUGCAACCGCUGGAUCCAACAGCUGCAUCUAUUUCGGACAGAGAUUGUGAUACAAGAGAGGGAGAGACUGUAGCCAUGAACUAUAAGCCGUCCCCACUUCAAGUGAAAUUAGAGAAGCAGAGGGAGCUGGCUCGGAAGGGCUCACUGAAGAACGGCAACAUGGGAAGCCCAGUUAAUCAGCAGCCCAAGAAGAACAAUGUGAUGGCACGAACAAGGCUUGUUGUUCCCAAUAAGGGCUACUCGUCAUUAGACCAGAGUCCAGAUGAGAAGCCACUGGUAGCCCUGGAUACGGACAGUGAUGAUGACUUUGACAUGUCCAGAUACUCCUCUUCAGGAUACUCAUCAGCUGAGCAGAUCAACCAAGACUUGAACAUCCAGCUGCUAAAAGAUGGGUACCGGUUAGAUGAGAUCCCAGAUGACGAGGACCUCGACCUAAUCCCCCCUAAAUCAGUCAACCCUACCUGCAUGUGUUGCCAAGCCACCUCCUCCACCGCCUGUCACAUCCAGUAGUGAGGCCGGCAGGCUGUGAUCAGUGCUUUCCACUAUAACUGUAAAACUUAACAGCCAUUGCUUCCUCCUAUGGUAGGACGUGCACCUCUUUGUGUUCAUGGAGCCAGGAGAAACCAAAAAAUUCAUUUUAUGAUUGGUUGAUAAGUUAUUUUAAACUAUGGCUAAACAGAAGAAAAGUUGCUCUAAGUGCCAGGCAGUGCCUGGCAGAACUGACUGGUCUGGAGAGCGAAUACAGAGGGGUCCAAAGAUACCUCCUUGUUUUGCGAAGGCACUGGGGAUGUUUUGUAAGGUGUCAGUUCCAGAACAAGGAGGGUCAUCUAGGGCUGCAGGUAAUCCUGCCAACUGAAACCAACCCAUCUGUGGGAUUAGGGGUCAAUGUCAGGAGAUUUUACCAGUGAGAGGAGGUCAGUUCUUAAUUCAUUCACUAAAUCUGUUUCAUUUACAUAACCAACAGGAAUGGGAAUGGAGCAGGGCAUCCUUUCUUAUGGCAAGGCUAGCCAGGACAAGCAUGGCCCAAUUCAUUCACAGACAGACAAAUUGGUGGCAUUCCACUGUGUGUCACAUAUCCAAUGGAAUCUAUGCUUAGCUUCAUGUUAAAUUAUCACUAAACAUGUCAGAUUCGAUGUGCAAUCCAUGCAUGCUCUUCACAGAUUCAGUCCUUGCCCAUAUUCCUGAGCUCAGUCUACUCACAUACACUGACUUCAGCCUAAACUUAAUUCCUGUGAGACCCAUCUGCCUCCAGAAAUCUUAAACUUUGGUCAGCUAAGAAAUGACAAGUCUUGCACAAGACAGGUCUAGAGCUGUACAGUCUGAAGGUCAGUGUUGUAAAAGCUGGUUGAAGAAAGCACGUUUUUACAGCGCUCAGCUCUUGACAUUCUCUUUAUACUCCUCUCUUGGUGCCUGUGGGAGAGAUUUGUUUACACUGAAGGCAUCUGUGUGGCGGUGUCAGACUUCAUGGGAGUUUUCAGCAACAGCAGGUUUAUGAACAGCUUCAGCUGAAAACAUACCAUGAGAGGAAACUAUUGUCUAUCCCAUCUCUGCCCACUUGUGAAUCAGGCUUGUUCUGCAUUAAAGUUAUCUCUCAUCAGGAGCAAUUGUGUGUAUGAAGUGCUGGGAUAGUCAGGAAACCUGGCAUUACAAUAGGUUGCUGACUGAAAUGUCAGUUCACCAGCAUAUUGUUUUGCAAUCAGAAUAAUUUCUGGAAUUAGGAAAUGUGUCCUCUCCCUGGCCAGCCUUACACUGCUGCCUUCAAGCAUACAUGAAGCUCAGGCAAAGGAUGGGCUGACUUGUUUCUUUGUUAAAAUCUUUUUCACAGACAUAACUGUGCAUUUUUCCUGCCAUAUUAGGAGGAAGGACUGUCUGCUUUGGGUCAGCACUUAUUUUAUAGCCUGGGGAAUGGAAAAAACAAGGGCAAUUCUGAGUUUCCCAUCAGAAUUUCUGAUUCAAAAGGCAAAGCCUGAGCUCCACUCUUAGAGACUGAUCCCCAACCUGAAACCUGCAUGCAGUGAGCUGAGUCCUUAAGAAGUCCUCUUCAUGAUAGGAGAUUUAUUUAACAUCCUGGAGUUUCACUCUGUGCAGUGCAAAGCACCAUACCAUCCAUGGUGUGAGCAAAUAAGCAAGCACAUGAGAUUUCUGAUCUUUAUAUUCACUAGCUGACUGUUAAAGCUGUGUUUUCUCCCACUCCCUAAAACCACACUCUACCACCCUGGCUCCAGGCUAUAGAAAAAGGAUUGAGUGGUGCUGUUUAUUGAGCAUACAGAAAUUCUAGUUAACUUGCCAACUCCUCUUGAAAGAGCAUUCCUCAAGUGAAUUCCUCUCCCUUUCUCACUGCUUGGUAGUGGUGAAGUGGAAUAUUUUGUAAAUGUUUCUAAAGAAGCACAAAGCUUCAUGUCUCCCACUCUUCAUUUCUUCCUUUGUGUGCUUGCUUUCUCUUCCAGUGCUAGCUUAGCUUGAGGGUAGCAAGCUGUUCUGAGGGGCUGGAGGGAAGAACUCGAACAAUGCUGAACAAUGCUGUAUGUAGAGAAAAGAUAGAAAUAAGAACAUUCCCCAAUGAGUCUUUUUUU